GUCAGGAGCCUGAACAGGCUUGAAGUUAUUUUGACGGGUGUAACGGUAAAGGGGCAACAGGCGGGAUGGAAUUGUGUUGAAUGGGUCAAAAAGGUCCGAGCAGCCCCACAGAAUAACAGUGAGGCGUUGGGAACGUUGGUGCUGGAUUGGACCACUGACCGCAAUACGGCUAUGCGGUAUGUU